AUGAACGUAACCAACAGAGGAGAUAAAAGAUCAAGAAUCCUGAAAAUUCCAAGAAACGGAUCUCCUUGUAGAAAGGCUCAUCGACAAAGGGCAAUUGUGGAGGCUGGUCACAUCUUCCUUUUACAUGCAAAUGUUGGGCACCUAAUGGUUAAUUGUUAUUCUUUAAAUUCAGUUGGUCCUACCAUGGAGAACAUCAGUGGUCCUAAUAGAUAUCUUGCACUCUACUUCGCCUCUGCAAUUGCAAUGGUUUCGAGAAAAUCAGGUUCAGCGAUGAGUUAUUGGUUCAGUGAGGCACCUGCAGUUGGUGCAUCAGGGGCAGUCUUUGGAUUAGUUGGAUCUCUUGCUGUCUUCGUCAUGAGGCAUAGAGGUCUGGUUGGACGUGGAAAAGAAGAUCUACAGCACAUAGCACAUGUAAUUACCGUAAAUAUGGCUAUGGGGUUUUUCUUCAAAGGCAUUGAUAACUGGGGACAUUUUGGAGGCUUGCUCGGUGGAGUUGCCACAUCAUGGCUUCUAGGUCCUGCAUGGAAGUACGAAUCUCCCUCCAGUGAUGGUCGAAGAAUCUUUUCUGACAAGGCUCCUAUUUUCUACCUCAUCAACGCAAAGAAGAGAUCCUAG